AUGGAGAUGGGGACAUGGGGAUGGGGCCAGGGCCGGGCCAGUGACAGUCCCCAUGUCCCCAGGCUGUCUGUGUGUCCGUGUGCGGGGGGGGGCCCCGCGGGACCCCCCGGCUGCAGCGAGGAGCGUCUGGCCUGUCUGUGCCCGGAACGGGACAAUGACACCGGCCACCGCGGCCACCACUGCCACCACGGCGGCAACAGCGAGGGGCAGCCCGGCGAGCAGCCAGAGGCGCUGACGGAGGACGACGUGUACUGCCGCUGCCUGUCCAAGACGCUGUGCCACGCGGCCACCCCGGUCACCGUGGGCUUCUACGCGCCCUGCGGCCACCGGCUCUACACGCUGCUCGACAAGGUCACCGCCUUCAUGCGCCAAGAAAUGACCCGGCGCGAAGACUCGGCGCGGCGCCGCGGCCACCAACCCCCUCGCUCCCCCCACGGUUGGGGGCUCCUCCAAGCCCUAUGGCUACUGGCCUUUUACCGCCCGGUCGUCACCGAGAGCCACCUGCGCCGCAAGAACAUCCGGUUCCUCUUCGUGCGCUUCAGCGCCUGGCAGUUCGCCGGUUGUGACAAGCUCUGGGCCGGCUUGGUGACAACCUUAUGUGACAGCGUCCGCCACCAUUUCGGCGCCCUGCCCCUCGGCGUCUACCGGGUGAUGGGGACGCGGCCGCGCUUCGCCGACGGCUUCAGCCAGCGCGAGUGGGUGCUCAAACGCGGCGCCUGCCUCAAGCUUUGGGGUGUUGUCGCCGUCCUCGUUAUCGGCGUCACCAUCCUGCUGGUGGCCCUGUUGUUGCCGCACCUCAAGGACCACCAGGUGCUGAAGGUGGUUGGCGGCGCCAUCACGUCCAUCUCCAGCUCCAGCCUCAUCCUCGGCGCCUUCUCCGUCCUCAAGCACGUUUUGAUCAGCCAAAAGCACAAGAUCGAGCAGUUGACCAACAGCGACAAGUUCGCCGGGCAGUUGGGCUUCAUGAGCAAAGUGCGGCGGGAGGUGGAGGCGCUGCUCGACUUUUUGGCGUUCAUGGAGAUCUUCGAGCGGCGCCGUUUCCGCGUGGUGCUGGAAAUCACCAGCUUGGACACGUGUUACCCGGAGAAAGUCGCCGGCGUCCUCAACGCCAUGAACACGUUGCUUUCCAGAACCAACACGCCCUUCAUCUUCAUCCUCGCCGUGGAUCCCAGUGUCAUUGUCCCCUGCUUGGAGCAGAGCAGCUGCAUGAAGGGCAUGGCGGACAGCGGGUACCUAUAUCUGAGCCGUACGGUCACGUUGCCGUUCUCCAUCCCGGAGAUGGGCGCCCGCUCGCGUUUGAGUUGCCUUGAAGCCGCCGUGCAAACGCGGGAGGAUUUAAUGUACCGCAUCAUCACCGGCAACGUGGAGCAGCGGCGCCGCGCCAAGUGCGGCGCCGCCAUCGCCGGCCCCGACCACCGCGAGCUGGAUGCGGCCGCGGUGCUUUACAUCCACGAAGCGUUCCGUUGCCUCCACGAUGCCGCGGACCCGUUGGCCGCGUACGUCCCAACCAGCGCCGCGCACGUGCGCCGCAUCGUCAACACCAUCCCCAUCACCAUCCGGCUCCUCCUGCACCGCGCCGGCGGCCCCGGCGCCGUGUCGCCCCGCGCGGCCGCCGCGUGGGUGGUGAUGGCCGAUGGGUGGCCGUGCCGGUUGAGUUGGGUGUUGCAAUGCCUGGAAGACGCGUGGCAGCGCCAACCGGCGCCGGAUUUCUCCGGGAGGUCUUUGUGGAGCGUUUUCCAACAGACGGCGGCGGAGCUGAGCGCCCUGCGGCAACCGCUGCGUAACGUCUUGGGGUUGGAUGGGGACCCCGAGUUGUUCCGCGCCUUCCUCGCCCGCGACUUCCCCUUCACCGCCGGUGACGCGCGGGUCCUCCUCGGUGUCACCGUCAACCUGGACCACUCCAUCCGCCGCAAGAUGGGGCUCCUGCGCGGCAUCGACGGGCUCAAGAAAUCCGGCGGCACCGUGUCCCGCGGCGUCCAGUGUCCCCACCCCGAGUGACGCGAUAUCCCCCCUCCCCAAAACGGACUUGGGCGGCGGUGACACCGCGGUGUCCCCCGUUGGUGACGUGAGGGCGCCCCUUGUGGAUUUGGGGACCAUUCGUGUCUCUAAGGGGAGGUGACAACGCACUGGGGUGACUGGGGACACCCGAGGUGACCGUGGCGGGGGUGUCGCCAUCGCAGGGACCCCGGCGUCCGGGUGACCCCAAUUACCCGCCCCGGUGACGUCCCCAGGUUGUGUCCCCACGACCACACAAGGGGGGGUCGUCCCAUAAUAAACCAGUUUAACCAGUUCAA